GCGAAUUUAGUGCAGCAGUUCGCGAAGAAACUCCAUCGUUGUUACAAGUGACACAGCGCGCGUCGGUAGAACGCCAUAUAUCCAAAAUAGGCAACUGUAAUCCAUAUAAAAAUCAGAGUGCAAAUCACGAAGACGACAGCAGCAUGUCUGAUGAGACUGAUUUUGAGCUUUUCUCCAGUAAGAAAUCGAAAGGCAAACAUGACAAGGCCGACGCCGCUAAAGUCUCUGAACAAAAGCGUGACGUCACCCCAGCAACAAAUCAAAUAAUCGAAUCACGCCCCACCGACGAAGAGUUCUAUAGAAAUAACAAUCCUUAUGUGGGCGUAGCUGUCAUCUUCAACCACAAAUACGUGAAGGGUCAGAAGGAUCGCGUGGGCACGGAGAAGGAUCGCGACACAGUCGCUGAGGCGCUAGCACUAUACGGCUUCGAUGUGCGUGUCUAUAAUGAUUUGAGCUUCGAAAAAGUGGACGCACAACUGAAAGCAAUCGCCAAAGAGGAUCACACCCAAAAUGAUUGCUUUGUAUUGGUUGUCAUGUCUCACGGUGCCGAAGGACGCAUAUUUGCCAGUGAUAUGAGUUAUCCCGUAGAGCGGCUCUGGCAGCCAUUUUUGGGCGAAAAUUGCCAAAGUUUAAUCAACAAGCCGAAAAUUUUCUUUGUACAGGCCUGUCGCGGUGAGCGUUUGGACAAACCCGUCACCUUCAACGAGUUCUCCGUGAUGACGCGAGUAAUUGGCGGACCCAGUCAGGCCGAAGAGACCCCACCUGUGAUAACCUACGCCAUACCGAAUACCGCCGACAUGCUGGUGAUGUAUUCGACCUUUGAGAAGUACUACUCAUUCCGCAACGUGGAGAAUGGCUCGUGGUUCAUACAAAGUGUGUGCGAUGUGCUUAUUGCCGCCGCGCGUAAACCAGAAGCCUACAGCGAAGGUAGCGAUCUGUUGCGUCUGCUGACCGCUGUCAAUCGCAAGGUGGCCUACGAGUACCAGUCGCUGGCCAAAGUGGAGGUUUUGAAUCAGAUGAAGGAGAUGCCGAAUUUCCUCUCAACGCUCACCAAAACCUUCUACCUCAAAGUAAAGAGUCGUCCCGGCAAAUGAGUCAACGCAAUGGUAAUCAAGGCGACAAAAAGCGGCGCCCACACCAACAUUAUUACAAAUGACAACAAAUUUCUACUUAACGGGCAAAACAAAUCGCUUUAUUAUCAUAUCUUUUUCAUUGACAUUUAAGUGUGCGCGAGUAUGUGUCUACAGUCUACACAA